UUUGGCCUCCAGUACUCCCAGGGCAUCAUCAAUGGCUCCAACGCCCGCUGCAUUGCCCUGCUGGAAGUCUUCAAACAGCUGAUCCGAGAUUACUCAACUCCCCCGAACGAGGAGCUGUCACGGGACCUGGUGGCCAAGCUGAAGCCACACAUCAGCUUCCUGAACCAGUGCCGGCCCCUUUCAGCCAGCAUGGGCAAUGCCAUUAAGUUCCUCAAGAAGGAGAUUUCGUGCCUACCCGACACGCUGAGAGAGGAGGAGGCGAAGGAGAAGCUGCAGGACACGAUCGACAAAUAUCUGCGGGAGAAGAUUGUGUUGGCAGCUGAAGCCAUUUCGAGGUCUGCCUUUGAGAAGAUAAAUGACAACGAUGUGAUCCUGGUGUAUGGAUGCCGCCCGCGGCGGGAAGGCCGGGAGACGCUGCACCGGCUGGUGCGUAAGGGCAUUCACUGCACCUAUGUGAUGAUCAACGCCAUUUCUUACGUGCUGCCCGAGGUGUCCAAAGUUCUGCUGGGAGCCCACGCGCUCCUGGCCAACGGCUCUGUCAUGUCCCGGGUGGGGACGUCGCAGAUAGCGCUGGUCUCCAAAGCCUACAACGUGCCCGUCCUGGUGUGCUGUGAGACCUACAAGUUCUGCGAGCGAGUGCAGACAGACUCGUUUGUCUCCAACGAGCUGGAUGACCCCGAUGACCUGAUCGUGCUCCGGAAGGGCCAGGCCCAGCUGGGUGGCUGGGCAGAGAACAAGUCCUUGCGCCUCCUCAACCUGGUCUAUGAUGUGACGCCGCCUGACCUGGUGGAUCUGGUCAUCACAGACUUGGGCAUGAUCCCCUGCACCUCGGUGCCUGUCGUCCUGCGCGUCAAGAACGUGGAUCAGUAGCAGGGGCAGCUGCAGGGACACUAAUAAAGCAGGUGCCAC